AUGAAUAUUCAAAUAUUCACCGUAUUGCACCAUUACAGACCCGAUCAAAUCGUGCCGGCCGAUGAAUACUAUGCGACGAGAGCAGACGGAUACGUUCGUCUUCGUAUACCGGAAAAUGGAAAAGCCUUAGAGACCACCAAACCCAUCUCCGUCCCCGGAUUGCUCAAAAGCACUGCAGAAGAAUUCCCAGACCACGUGGCAUUGAGCUAUAAAGUCGACGAGAAAUGGGAAACAAUAACUUAUUCGGAAUACAUUCAACAUGUCCGUACCUGUGCCAAAGCGUUUUUGUACUUAGGACUGGAAAGGAGGCACGCGGUGUGCAUAUUAGGUUUCAAUAGUCCAGAAUGGUUUAUAUCAGAUUUAGCUGCAAUUUUUGCGGGUGGUAUAGCAGUAGGAGUAUACACAACGAAUUCUCCAGAAGCAUGCUUUUACUGUGCGGAAAACAGUAAUGCCAAUAUAAUCGUAGUAGAAGAUGACAAACAGUUGCAAAAAAUACUAGAAAUCCGUUCGAGGUUGCCAAAUCUCAAGGCCAUCGUACAAUACACUGGCGAACCAAAACAUCCUGAUGUGAUAAGUUGGAAGAGACUGAUGGACAUUGGGUCACAACAAUCGGAUGCCUUAUUAGAAGACGCUUUGAGAACAAUUGCUGUUAAUCAAUGUUGUACAUUGGUUUAUACGUCGGGCACGAUAGGCAGCCCCAAGGGAGUGAUGCUCAGCCACGACAACCUGACCUGGGACGCCCUCUCUAUCGUCGAGCGACUGAAGAUCUCGCGCGGCAACGAAAAGCUGAUCAGCUAUCUGCCCCUGAGCCACGUGGCCGCCCAAAUUGUCGAGAUCUACAUCACGAUGUGGGCGGGCGCGACCAUCUAUUUCGCAGACAAGGACGCCCUCAAGGGCUCCCUGGUGAACACGCUGAAGGAGGUGCAGCCCACGAAAUUUCUGGGCGUGCCGCGCGUGUGGGAGAAGAUUCACGAGAAGAUGAUGCAGGUGGGCGCGCAGAACGGAUUCGUGAAGAGGGCUGUGGCCAGCUGGGCGAAGGAGCAGGCGUUGCGCCAUCAUCUGGAUAAGAUGAAUGGGAUCGAAUCGAACUCGUGGGGCUACUACCUCGCCAGCUCCCUCAUCUUCAACAAGAUCAAAGAAGCGCUCGGCUUCACGCGGUGCACGUUCUACUGCUCGUGCGCUGCCCCCCUCUCCACCGACGUGAAGAAGUACUUCUGCAGCAUCGACAUGCCCAUCAUGGAGUGCUUCGGCAUGUCGGAGGCCAGCGGGGGCCACACCAUCUGCAUAGACGGCGCCGUCAAUCUGGAGACCAUCGGCAUGACCAUUCCGGGGAUGCGGUCCAAGUUGGCGAACGAGCAGGACGGCCAGGGGGAGAUUUGCAUGUACGGGAGGCACGUGUUUAUGGGAUAUUUCAACCAGUUGGAGAUGACGAAGGAGAUGCUUGACGAAGAUGGGUGGUUACAUACGGGAGACUUGGGGAGGAUCGAUGAAAAGGGCUUCCUUUAUAUUACAGGUAGGCUCAAAGAACUUCUGGUGACAGCGGGCGGGGAAAACGUGCCGCCCGUCCUCAUCGAGCAGCAGGUCAAACUGGAGCUGCCCCACAUCAGCAACGCUUUCCUCAUCGGCGACAAGCGGAAGUUCCUCUCCGUCCUACUCACGCUCAAGACCGAGAUGGACGCCGAGACGGGGGCGCCCAAGGACGAGCUGUUGCCCUCCGUCCGGCAGUGGCUCAAAUCUCUGGGAUGUCCCGCCGACACUGUCAAAGAGGUUAUCGAGGCCGGUCCUGAUAAGAGGCUCAUUGAUGCUCUCAACGAAGGGGUAGAAAGGGCCAACACGCGAGCGAUUUCGAAUGCUCAGAAGAUCAGGAAGGUCGCGGUGCUUCCUGUCGAUUUUUCGAUUCCGACUGGGGAAUUAGGUCCAACUAUGAAGGUGAAAAGACGAAUCGUCGAGCAAAAAUAUGCAGAUUUAAUAGAAAAACUGUAUCAUUGA